AUGGCGACUUUUGAGAGUAAACCCAAAGGAAUUCUUAAAAAACCAUCCAUAAACUUUCAACAGAAAAACAGGCUAAAAUGGGAUGAAGACAACAUUCAACUUACUGAAAGCCAGAAGAACUCUACAAUGAAAAUUACCGAACCUAAAACUCCUUACAUUCAUUACAAUCAAGAAACUGAUGAAAUCAUGACUGAUCUUCAAACUAUUCCAGGGCUCACUUUGGAAUCUAAUAGAGAGUCUUCCCCAUCAGGAACUCUUUCAUCCGGUUCACCAUCAUCAGCUCAUUUUCCUGAUUCAGUAAAAGAUGAUUGGGAUUCUGAAGGUUCAGAAGACGAAGAAACCAAAGAAAAGCGUCGCAAAUUUGCACAGCUUAGAGCUAAACAUUAUAAUAUGAAGGAAGCACUUAGUUUAGGUCAUAAGCUGGCUAAACUUGCAAAAAAUCAAACAGAAGAUAAUUCUAACAAUAACGAUUCGUCAUCAAAUGUUUUUAUGGAAACAUAG